AUGUCAUCAUCAACUCACCCCUCUAUCCAAACUUUAGAACUGGGUGAACAAUGGUUCUUUGAAAAGGAUCCAGCAACAUUCCCUGGUCAAAUAUUUGGUUUACAAGUUGCUCGAGUCCUCCAUCAUACAAAGUCUCCUUUCCAAGAUAUUUUAGUGUUUGAGUCUACUGAUUAUGGUAAUGUCCUUGUACUUAAUGGUAUCAUUCAAUGUACCGAAAGAGAUGAAUUUGCGUAUCAAGAAUUAAUUUCUCAUACUCCCUUAAUGGCUCAUUCUAAUCCCAAAAAUGUUUUGAUCAUUGGUGGCGGUGAUUGUGGAGUUGCUAGAGAAGUUGGUAAACAUAUUGAAACUCUUGAAUCUGUUACAAUGGUUGAAAUUGAUGCACUGGUUAUUGAAUUAGCCAAAAAAUAUUUCCCUAAUAUGACUACAUUUGUUGAACAUCCUAAAUUUGAUUUAAUUAUUGAUGAUGGUUUCAAAUUUUUAAAGGAAACCACAAAGAAAUAUGAUGUUAUUAUUACAGAUUCCUCUGAUCCUGAAGGUCCUGCUGUUGAAUUCUUUCGUGAAGGAUAUUUUAAUUUAUUAUCAAAUGCAUUAGCAGAUGAUGGAAUUGUAAUUAUGCAAUCUUCAGAAAAUAUAUGGUUAAAUUUACCUUAUAUUAAAUCAUUAAAUGUUACUGCUAAGAAGGUCUUUCCAAAUGUUCUGUUUUCUCAAUGUUACAUGCCUUCUUAUACGGGUGGUCAGUUGGGUUUAUUGAUAGCUUCAAAGAAUGCAAAGUUAGAUUUGAAACGUCCUCAAAGAAUAUUCGACUCCGAAACGGAAAUGAAACUUUUCAAAUAUUAUAGCAGUGAAAUCCAUGAAGCUUCAUUUGUUUUACCAACUUGGGCUAAAAAUGUUUUAAGCUAA